CCGCACCGCCCCGCGCCCGCCACUGCCGCCGAUACCGACCCCGCCGUGCCGAGCUCAGCCGUGCAGAACCCAACCCAACAGAACCGUACCUAUCAGAGCCGAGCCAAGCGUUGAAACCGCAGUGGCCCGGAUCUCCGGGCAUGGCUCUCCGCCGCUAGCCGUCUUAUCAGGCCGGGUGGAUGCUUGAGAGUGGUGGAUAAGGUUCGAGUGUCUGGGACCAGUGGAAUGGAGGCCUGAUGUAGAUGGAAAGAUGGAUGAAGAAGAAGCUCUGAACUCUAUUAUGAAGGAUUUGGCAGCGCUGGGCAAAUGUGGGGGGCUGCUGGACAACAACAGAAAUAAAACCAGUGUCCACUCCAGCAAGCAGCAGCGCAAUGUCAGGAUCAAGUUUGAAUAUGAAGGAGAGAAGAGGAUUAUCCAGUUUCCAAGACCAGUCAAAUUCAAAGAAGUGGUGCAGAAGGUCACAGAUGCUUUUGGACAGACGAUGGACUUGUUCUGUGUGAACAAUGAGCUCCUGAUCCCGCUGAAAUCCCAGGAAGAUUUGGACAAAGCAAUGGAACAGCUGGAGCUGAGCCCUUCCCUGAAGAGCCUGCGGGUCCUUGUGAGCGCUCCAAAGAAAGCGAAUCUCCUCCAGCCGAACAACAGUAAACAGCAUGAAAUGAGGAUCUCCAGAUCCAUGGGUGAUAUCAUGGGAUCCCUGUACAAGGAUUCAGAGAGGACACGGAAAUACUCAACAGGCUCUCUGCACACUGGCAGGAGUUCUCCACCCCCAGGGAGUGUUCCUGAAGAGCAGCAGCAGAUCGCUCGCCAGGGAUCCUAUACCAGCAUCAACAGUGAGGGAGAAUUCAUCCCUGAGACCAUGGAUCAGAAUAUGCUUGAAGCUUUCAUCAGCUCUGAUGAAUCUCUGUCUGGGAGCUGCCAGUCACUGGACAGAUCUGUGGACAGCCCUCCAUUUACCCAAACUCCUGUUCCUGGAAGGAAGAGCCAUCCCAAAGACAGCCUUGAUUGCAUGGAUUUUGACAUCCCAUUCUGUGAGAGGUUUGGGAAAGGUGGGACCUUCCCAAGGCAGUACCACCUCUCCCAAAGUCGCAAGGACUACAGUGAUGGACGAAGGACUUUCCCCAGGAGUUACUUCCCACAGGAGAACUUGUUUCAGCUCGUCCCUUCUAGCAGAACCAAGAGCUUUAAUGGGGACAGCAAGCUCAGCACCUUGCAGUAUGAGGAGUACAGGCCCAAAUGGUGGAACAAUUGUGAAAAAGGUCUGCAGGUCUUCAGCACCUCCCCCACGAAAGCCAGGAACUCCCUGCAGGCACCUGUGAACUGGAGGCUGGGAAAGCUGCUUGGAAGAGGAGCAUUUGGAGAAGUUUAUCUCUGCUAUGAUGCUGACACUGGCCGGGAGCUGUCAGUGAAACAGGUGCCUUUUGACCCUGACAGCCAAGAGACAAGUAAGGAGGUGAAUGCCUUGGAAUGUGAGAUCCAGCUGUUGAAGACUCUCCGUCAUGACCGGAUAGUGCAGUACUACGGAUGCUUGCGGGAUCCUGAGGAGAAGAAACUCUCAAUCUUUGUUGAAUACAUGCCAGGGGGCUCCAUCAAGGACCAGCUAAAAGCUUACGGUGCUCUGACUGAGAACGUCACACGGAAAUACACCAGGCAGAUCCUCCAGGGAGUCUUCUACUUACACAGCAACAUGAUUGUCCACAGAGACAUUAAAGGUGCCAAUAUUUUGAGAGAUUCUGCUGGCAAUGUGAAACUUGGAGAUUUUGGGGCCAGCAAGCGCAUUCAGACAAUCUGCAUGUCUGGGACUGGGAUUAAAUCUGUCACGGGAACACCAUACUGGAUGAGCCCAGAGGUUAUCAGUGGAGAAGGUUAUGGAAGGAAAGCUGACGUGUGGAGCGUGGCCUGCACGGUGGUGGAGAUGUUAACGGAGAAGCCUCCCUGGGCAGAGUUUGAAGCCAUGGCAGCUAUUUUUAAAAUCGCCACCCAGCCCACCAACCCCCAGCUCCCUGACGGCGUCUCCAGCUCCUGCCGCAACUUCCUCAAGCAGAUCUUUGUGGAGGAGAAGCGGAGGCCGACGGCCGAGGACCUGCUGAGACAUCCCUUUGUCAGCUGCGGGUUCUGAACCCCUGACAGCGGGGAUGGGGAAAAUGACGGUGGGAGGGGGGUUGGGAGGUUUUUUUUGGCUGCAAGACCCCCCCCCGGGCCUUUUGGGUUCCUGCGGUUCUGACCUCGUCCCCGGGGUUGUCCCGGUGCUGGGCCCUGCGGGUUCCUUCUUGCUCGUCACCCGCCACGUUGAUGGAUUCCUGAGCUGCGCUCUGGACCAUCGGGAAUUCAGAGCGAGGGAUUUCCUGGACUGUGCGGGUGCUGGCCUAGGACCAAGCGACCUUCCUGCCACCAGCGACGUCGGGGUUGUCCCUCUUUGCUGUGUCACUUGUCUCGUGGGGGAAGCGUGGAGAAUGGGAUCCGUGUCCCCCCCCAACCCCUCCCUUGGAUGCUGGCGGCAUCCCCAGGAGCAGCGGCGGAAUAAGAUGCUGGGUGGGAAUCCCCACCUCUCACAGGAGAACAGACACGGGCUUCAGCCACGCCGGAGGAGAUGAUCCUCAGACCACAGAGUCAGGGGGGACCUCGGUGUCCCCAUUCCUGAGGGGACCGAACCCUCCUGGAAGUCGUGGGCCCACCCGGUGUCUCCAUCGAGGCGGCGUUGGGUUCUGUUCUGUGCCUUAAGCGGUUACAAUCAAGGAGUGGGGCUCGACCUGGCACAAAGCCAUGGGGUUGGGCUCAAGGAUGCAGCACCCGUGAUGACUUUGCCUUGGUGUGUGUGUGUGUGUGGAUGUCCACCUGUGUGUGUGUGUGUGUGUGUGUGUGUAGGGGGGAUGUCUUGUAAGAAGGGGUUUUCCCGGGGUGCAGGAGGUCUCUGGGGGGGUUCCACCCACAGACGGAUGCCUGGGAUCCCUGUCAGGGUUUGGACACAGAGGGAUGGGUGCCUGUGUGCUGACCACCAUCCAGUUUGUGCUGGGAGCCAUCAGGGUUGAGGUGGGAGCUGGUGGAGAUCUUGGCAAGGGGGGCUUUCUGCUCAUUGCCAUGGCCCUGCUAACCCUGUGCUUGGAGGGAUGCAGACAUGUUUUGGAAGUGGAGCUGCAGGAGGAGCCCAGUGGGUCUCUGUAAAACCCAAGCAGGUGCCUAAAAUUUGGUGAAAAUGAACCAGCACCUUAAAUCUGGGCUGCUGAAGGUCUGGGUGCCUUCUAAUCUAUACCUCAUAGGACCAACCCCAGGUGCAGAGGGUCAGGACAUCACCUGCAGUGGGGAUGCAGGGAUGCUGAGGGAUCAGCUGCAGGACCAUGAAGCUUCAGAUCAGGAGAGCAGAGCUGUGUCAGUCAAGGGCAGCUGGAAACGUUUCUUCUGGCAGUGUGUUUGAAGAUGUAGGAGAAAAAGGGAGAGUUAAAAGCAGAGCUGAGCUACAGCCUCUAUGACCAGCACUACCCUGCUGGAAAGGCUGGGCAGGGAGCAUGCACAGAGUCCCUGGAAACUAAUUAAUGAAUCAGGUCUUGAUUAUCUUGGACAAAUAAAUUGCACCAUCCCACCCUUCCCUUCCCUGCUGCAUGAGCUGUUUCCACCUGGCUCAGCAAAGGGUUAAAUAAGUGGUUACUGGGUGGUUGCUAUCUUCAGGCCAAGGUGUCCAACACAGGUUUAUUUUAAUUGAAAAUGAAAAGCAUAGCUUGGACUGAAGAGGAAAUUGAGGAAUUGGUUGGCUGUGUGACUUCACACAUCCUAGAAUUUUUCCACAGGGAAGAGAUCAGGACUUUGCACCACUGAUGUGGCCACAGGAACAUUUCCUUGUCCAUAGCUCCAAAAAGAAGCAAAAAAUUAGAGUUACUUCAGGUUUUGGAUUUUU